UUGGCCAUCCAGUCAUGACCGAAACCAACUUCUUGGCCAUCUAGUCAGGUGUGGCCUUAGCACAUUCGGGGCGCUUGCUGCCGGAGCAAUUUACUACCAUUUUUAGCUCUUCAAAAUCCAAGUAAAUUUCUAUUAUGUCCAGAUUCUUUUGAGCCUUUUUUUUUAGGCCAAAAAAUUUAGCAAUAAGGAGAGAUGGCGGCACAAAAGAGAAUCGAAGCAAUAUUAGAGGGGAUGUUUCCGGAAUCUCCGCCACCGCCACCAUCAAAUCCAAGCCUAAUAAUAGCGAUAAUAAUCAUCUAUAUAAUAACGGCUCCUCUGCUUCCACCACCACCAGGUUCAAGUGGUUCAGUACAAGCUCCAUUUUGCAGACCAUGGGACCGUGAUGAUCUAUUUAGGAGGUUGUCAACUUUCAAGUCCAUGACUUGGUUUGCUAAACCACAGACAGGUAUUACCAGCCUUCAUACCAAGAGCUCAGGAUGGAGAGGCUCACUAAAAUUCUCCUCUAUGGUAUUGAAAAGCUCACUAAACUGUCGGCGGACUUUGAGGGGAAUAGAAGAUGGAAACACAGAAAGCAUGUGCUAUCCCAAAGCAUGCUUCUCUUAA